AUGCCCGCGCCCAAAGCUGCCAUUCCGGCAGCGGUCAACAAAGGAAAUGAAAGGGAACCCUUGCUCGCUUCGCAGCGCCAACAAUCUCCGUCGUCAAGCACUGCAGCCACGGCCCCAAGGUUGCCGACCGACGGUGAUCGAACGACCGGCGAUCGCGAGCCAGCACCCCUGACUGACAACGACGAUGACGACGAUGACGACGAUGACGACGAUGACGACGAUGACGACGAUGACGACGAUGACGACGAUGAUGACGAAGCGGACGAACUUGUGUUGACGCCGGAGCAGAAACGCCAGUCGUUGUACAAGUGGCUCGCGUUCUGGACCGUCGUCGCGGUGGUGGUGGUGGUGUGCAUCGUGCAGGCGUUCAAGCAAGGUGGGGGCCGCUUUGACUGGAAGCGCGCACUCGCCAAAGCCGGAGGAGGGGUCAGUCCAUCAGUCAAGCGGCUUCGGUAUGGGUCGAUCGCAUUCUGACCCGACGCCAAUUCAAUCCAACAGGGACUGAGUGGAGCAUUGGCCAUGAUCGUGCAAGUGUACGUCUCCCUGGUCCGAGUCGGCGGCCUCGGAGCCACAAUUUUCACUCGACCAUCGACAUCAGAUCACUGAUCACCUGACGUGUUCACCCUCUUUCAGUCUCACAUUGAUGCCCUUGCGCACGACGAUGAACUAUCAAUACCGCUACGGAGGAUCCAUGACCUCGUCCAUCUCGGCACUACGUACCUCAGGCGGCUUCAAGCGCUUCUACGCAGGCCUCGGUCCUGCCUUGGUCCAAGGUCCGAUCGCUCGCUUCGGCGACACGGCAACCAAUGCAGGUAUCCUGGCAUUACUCGAAUCCAACCCUUGGUUAUCGAAACUCCCGAGUCCACUGCAGACUGCCUUCGCUUCGGUCGCAGGCGCUCUCUUCAGGAUGAUUUUGGUUCCAAUCGACACCCUCAAGGUCAGUUUUCACGUCUUCAAGCAGUGUCAUCUUUACUGAUCAUGACCAACACUAUGACAUCGUUCGCAGACGACGAUGCAAACCGAAGGAUCUCCACGAGCACUCGUCAUCUUGAAGCAACGCGUCAAAAUGUACGGCCUUUCGACCUUGUGGGCUGGAGCAUUCGCCACCGCCGCCGCUUCCUUCGUCGGUUCUUUCCCCUGGUUCGCAACCUACAACUUCCUCUCCAAAAACCUUCCCUUGGCGCAUUCGACGUUGGCGAACUUCUCGCGCCAGGCCUUCAUCGGGUUUUCGGCCUCGGUCGUCUCGGACACCAUCUCCAAUUCGUUGCGAGUCGUCAAAACGUACCGUCAAGUGAACCACAACUCGAUCGGGUACCGCAGAGCCGCGAGAAAGAUUUGGUCCGCCGAAGGGUGGAAGGGCUUGUUCGGGCGAGGUUUGAGGACGAGGAUCUUGGCGAAUGGUUUGCAAGGGUUGAUGUUCUCCGUGCUGUGGAGAUUGAUCCAGGACGCGAUCGAAGGGAAGAAGACCUGA